AUGGACCUUUCUAAUGAAAAGUUUUCGGCUCGCUUUGACGAUGUUCAACAUCGAGAGUCACCAAGCUCGGACAGCUCCGAUCAUGGAAUCGAUGUUGUCCAUGGUUUCGCUGCACACGAAACCACUGUGCGGAAGGGUUACUUCUACAGCAUGCCUUUCAUAGGUACAAUGCUCGCAACAGGUCUUGGACUUGCUUCUGCAACUGGUGGCUUCGGUCUUGCCGCGCCAAAUUUAACGUUGAUCAAUAACGACAUUGGUCCGGAUCCUAACAUUACGUGGGUCAGUUUGGUGUAUACAUUGACCCUAGCCAUUGGCUUGCUGCUUGUUGGUCGAUUGAGUGAUCUCUUCGGGCGAAGAUGGUUCUUCAUCGGCUCAGCAGUACUCGCUCUAAUAGGUUGCAUCGUUUGUGCUGUUGCAAAGACAGUGGGAACCUUGAUCGGCGGUACUACGCUCAUAGGACUUGCAGCUUCUGGACAACAAUCCUUCGCUUUCAUUACUGGCGAGAUUGUUCCAAUGAAGCAUCGUUUCAGUGCCAAUGCCGUGAUGUAUCUCUUUUGCAUUCCAUUCGCUGGACUAGGACCGGCGGUAUCGAAAGCAUUCAUUCUAUACACGAGUGCGGGAUGGCGUUGGUGCUACUACACGAUGAUCAUCGUGAACUUCGUAUCAGGGGUUUUGUUCUUCUUCUUCUAUCACCCACCCACAUUCCACGAAAAAUUUAGAAAUCGAAGCCGAGCACAACAGAUCAAAAACUUUGACUACAUUGGCACCGUCUUAUUCUUAGGGGGCUUCAUCACCUUCCUUCUAGGUCUAAGUUGGGGCGGCUCUGUCUACCCAUGGAAAAGCGCUCACGUCAUCGCCACUAUGGUUGUUGGUGGCAUAAUCUUAAUUAUCUUUACGCUUUGGGAGAUUUACGCAAAGCUCGAAGAGCCUCUCCUUCCAAUGCAUCUUUUUGAGAACUUUGCAUGGGUGGUUGCAUGUAUUCUCCUCGGCAUAGGAGCAAGCAUAUAUUAUGCUAUGGCAAUCAUCUGGCCGCAGAUGAUUGCUGUGCUCUUUACCACUGAUGGAGGUGCAUCGAUGACGGCUGGUUGGUGGGCUUGUUCCCCAAGUAUCGCCAUAAACGUGGGGCAAAUUGUGGCAGGUUUUUCAGCUGAGGCUAUCGGAAAGACCAAAAUUCAGUGCAUGACUGUUCUGACCAUUGGCGGUGCCUUCUUAGGUGCCAUCGCGUACGCUAAGCCCGAUUCCAGUGCGGGAGCUACGGCAUUAAUCAUUAUAUCAAGCUUCUUCAUCGGCUGGAACGAGAGUGUAUGUCUCUCAAACUCCGGCAUCGAGCUCCUCGAUCAACGAGAAAUCGGAACUGCAAUAGGUGCUGCCGGCUCAAUUCGUUCCGCUAUCUCCUCAGUGAGCUCAGCUGUUUAUGUGUCGGUCCUUACCAAUCGUCUUGCAAAGACGAUUCCUACAGAAGUACCGCCAGCGGUAAUCGCUGCCGGUUUACCAGCAUCAUCUGUCCCUGCUUUCUUAUCUGGUUUCACGUCGGGCUCUUUUGCAGAUGUACCUGGAUUGACGAACAGCAUUCUUGCAGUGGGUACACAAGCAUACAAGGUUGCUAGCGCACAUGCAUAUUCAACUGUCUUUUAUACAUCCAUAGCGUUUACUGGAAUCGCUGUGUGUUUGAGUGUAUUUGCACCUAACGUGGACGAUAAGAUGGACGGUAAAAUUGCAGUUACUCUGCACGAGUCUGGGGCAGCAGCUGCCGUCGUGCAAGCGGAUGAGAAGGUCUAAGUGCUGAAAGAAUGAUAUUUAGUCUGUGCUCUCUAAGCCUGAAUCCUUGAC